UUCUAGACAUCAAACUAAAAUAAAAUCACAAAUCACAAUCAUAAUAUUGUAUUUCUUAUUGCGAUUUGCAAUUAUCACAUCGAUAAUCGAUAUUGACUUGACGCUAUUCGCAUUUCACUGAUCCGUGUGUGAUUUAUUUCUAGGUAAUCGUCAUAUAAUUUUAAUUUCUACGCGUUUUGUUUUGAGAAUUUAGUGUUGUGCGAUCAUAAUAAUUUCCAGCUGUCGCGCUGAGUACUAGAAAUUAGAAUAUAAAUAAUUUUAAUUUUUUGCAAUUCGUGUUGUAUAUUGGCAAUUCAAUUAAUAGUAUAUAACUUUGCAUUUCUCGAAUCAACUUUGCGAUUCUUACCGGAGACGACUUACUACAGCAAAUCCGACAUGUUUCCUAAUGCAUUGAUGGCCGACAUGUUUGGAAACGAUAAUCCAUAUAGAAAUUCAAUGCGCCAAAUGGACCAAAUGAUGAAUUCAAUUUUUGGUGGCGGAUUUCCUGAUCCGAUGGCUGGCAUGAUGAUGCCAUUUGGUGGUGGAAUGUUUGGAAAUUUUGGUUCCAUGAUGGGUAAUAUGAAUAAUCCUAUGAAUAUGAUGGCAAGUGGUAAUCAUCCAGGCCAAUCAUUCAGUAGCAGCAGUACAUUUAUGACAUAUUCAUCAAAUGGACCAAAUGGACAACCUCAAGUAUAUAAAGCUUCCACUUCUACUCGUACCGGUCCAGGAGGAAUAAAAGAAACAAAAAAAGCUGUUAGUGAUUCAAGGACAGGUGUUAAGAAGUUGGCUAUUGGACAUCAUAUUGGAGACCGUGCACAUAUUGUUGAACGCCAACAAAAUGUAUAUUCAGGAGACCAAGAAGAAAAUCAAGAAUAUAUUAAUUUAGAAGAUGAUGAAGCUGAAGAAUUCAACAACGAAUGGCGCAAUAAAGCUCAAAACAUGAAUUCACAUCGCAGUCGUUACUUGCCCUACACUCAUAGAGUUCAAAAUUCUUCAGUUCCUUUAAAAAGGCAUAUCAAGGCAUUACCCCCUCCUCCUUCAACAUCACGUAACAGUGAGGUGUUGCCUAUAGAAGGUCAUCAAGAUCAAGGUAGAAAACGUGCAGCUAAGCAGCGAACCCCUAAAAAGAUUCAACAAUAUCCUGUAAAUGACGCCUAAGUUAUGUUAGCAAGUUAAUUUUUUUUAUUCUCCAUUAAUUUUAUAAUUUAGAAUUAAUAAAAUUACUAUAGAAAAUAUUACACUUUUAUUGUAUUCACAAAUUAUAUUUCAAAACUGUGUUCCAUAAAAUAAUGUGAAAGGGUGUGAAAGAAUAUGCAUUAAAGUAGGAUACAUUUAAUAUUGUAAUAUUAAUUAUUUUAUAAGAAUUAUGAUUUAAAAAAGGAUUAGGCUAUUCUUAAUGUUUGGUAUUUAUUUUUAUUUUAUAUACUUAAUAUGUGAGUGAUUUAUUGAUCUUAAAGUAUUCAAUAUGCUAUUCUUGGUAAAGCUUAGUUAUAGGUUUUAGUUAAUACUUAUUUUAAUUAUAAUAAUAAAUAACAAAUAAUUUGUCUAAAAAA